AUGUGGCAAUUACGCCUCCCGCGCCUACUCCUUGGGGUCUUUGCGGCCAUCACUAUCGAGUGCUCCGAUGUGGUGCUGGACCUGGGGGGCAAGACGCUCAGGCAGAGCAAGGCCUUCAACACACAGCAGCGGUUCUUCUCCUGCAUCGAGAUCAGCAGGGCGCCGUUCAUAACCGGCCAGGGGCUCAACGACUUUGGUGAAAACGACGAGCUGGUCAGCAACGUGGGCAUCAGGGUUGGAAAGCUUGGCUUGUCCUCCCAUCACGGCAUCCACGGCAACACCAUGGACAAUGUUGAGAUCCUGAACGUCCACAUUACGCAGUUCGAGGUGGCAGGCAUAUCGCUGAAUGGCGCCAAGCGCCUCCUGAUCUCCAACUGCAUCGUCGGGAACUUUGUGGCCAAUGUGCCAACCUCGAGCGCAUACUCGCAGGCGCGCUUCCUCCACCCCGUCCUCAAACAGCUCGUCCUUGAGGAUAGUGAACGGUGCGUGACAAUCCGGGGCCAGCCCAUCCCCAUCAAGACCAGCUAUGCCAGCCUGGUGACGGAAAUGAAUGCCACGUUUGUGGAAGUCAUGACGGACAAGCCCGUGACAUCAGACGUGUUCAGGAACAGGAACCAGUCCAUGCUUAGCGACGGCAAUGUAUAUGGCAUCCUGGUGAACCGCAAGGGGGUGGCCGUGGGAGACUUUGUAGGGGACCUGGACUUUGAGUCGCAGGACGCGGCACACAGCGUUAUGAUACAGAACACGCGUGUUGAGCGCAUCAACAGCGAAGCGAUUGAGAUUCGUGGGCUACAGUACAUGGAAAAGGCCAGAGCCGUCGCAGCGGGUCUCGAGGCCAACGAGGGAUAUGGCAACGCCGGCGUUUUGGUGGACUCUGUGGGGGCAAUCUUUGACUUUGUGCGGGUGUGUGACCCUGUGAGCCGCGCAUAUCAAGGCCACGUCCUCUCGAACGCGCAGCUGGCGGUGGGCAAGUACGAGGCCGAGCCGAAGAGGUCCUACAUCCCCGAGGAGGUCCUGCAGUGGGCUACGUGCGGUGGAACAUGGACACACGACGAUACAUUUUCUCUCACCACGGGCGGCGACUCCAUGGGCCACACCAUGAAGGGCAACCUGGGGGUGUCUAUGUCGGGUGUUGCAUGCGUAGGCGUGGAAGCGACUGUCGUCGUUCCCGCCACCCAUGGACGAGCCAGAUUUGAUGUCGGGCUGCUGCUGGAGCGGCUCAUAGAACUCGGCAAAGGAUUUUCGACUUGCAUACAUUUUUGCAAGUGGCCGCGUCUCUCGGCCAGUCUGGCGUGGCAGAUGGCUAGGGUCUCAAUGAGGGCCUCCAUGUUCUGGCGGCUCAGGGCGCGUAGAGGGAUCUUGGUCAGCAUGUCAUCUGGACACGGUGGGCAGUGUAAGUGA